ACAUUCAUAUACCCCAUCUUCGAAACUCAGAACAACUCUUGUACUGCAAGUAGAUUCACAUAGAAAGAUGAUGCAAACCGAGUCUCUUCAGCCCUCAUGGCCAUUCUAUGACAUAAUCCACACAACUCUUGAUCAACCUGGAUGGUAUGGUCUAAACAUGGAUACACAUGUGGCUGAUGACCAUGAAUUCUCUCCCUUAUUCACAACCUCUGAGGACUCCUCUGAAAUCUCCGCCCCAGGGUUUCAGACCAAGUUCGCCGACGAGUAUGUCCAGUUUCCAGUUUUGGACGACGAGAUGCAGGUCAUGUUCCCCGUGGAGAAUUUUCCCCAAAACAUGGAUGGUUUUGAGCUAAUUCCAAGGGGUGAAAUUGAGGAUAUUUGCAUAUGGUUGGACGACAGAGAGAGCGAGGGAAACCUUCCUUCAGAGAUGUCUAGGGAUAUAGAUGUAUGGUCCCCUUGCCCCUUGUUGAAAUCUAGUGAAGCUUCGGUGGUCUUACAAUCACUAACAUUACCAGGGGAUAACAUGGAAACUGAUAUCCAAUUGAGCCUUCAGCACCUACUAAAGGCUUAUGGAGAAGCCAUGGAGAUGGGACAGAGAGAGCUUGCUGAGGUGAUCGUAAAAUGUGUAAACGAGAAAGUUAGUCCAGUUGGGGACACGCUUGAACGAGUCACAUUCAACUUAUUCCAAUCCAAAGAACAACAAAGUGACUACUUGAAACACGAGGCAAUUAAGAACUUUGAGGCUGCGUUCAGGGCUUUCUACCAAAUCUUCCCGUAUGGGAGGUAUGCUCACUUCACGGCUAACUCUGCUAUCCUUGAAGCUAUGCCUGGUGAUGCAGAGAUGAUACACAUAGUAGACUUUGACAUGGGAGAAGGGGUUCAAUGGCCUUCCAUGAUUGAGGCCUUGGGGCGGAAACAGAAGGCCAUAAGAUUGACAUCGAUAAAGUUAGAGGAUAAUUGCAAUUUUCCUCGGUGGAAGUUCGAAGAGACAAAGAGGCGACUCUAUGAUCAUGCAAGACCUUUUGGCAUAAAGUUGCAGGUGGAGGAGAUGAGUUUUGAGGAUUUAGCGAGUGAGAUGAAGAGAAACAAGAAGAUAGGUGGAAGGAAAGAAUGGCUGGCCUUCAAUUGCAUGGUGGGACUUCCACACAUGGGGAGGAGGAGAAGUAGAAGUCGUGUCAUGGAGUUUCUGAAGAAUGCUAAGGAACUGUUAGCCUAUUCUGAAACCAAUAAAGGAGUCAUAACUUUUAGUGAUGGAGAAGCAAGGGAAGGACUUAAGAAUUGCUCGGGAUACAAUUCAUUCUUCAACGAGCAUCUGAGGCACUACCAAGCUCUAUGUGAAUCAAUGGAGUGGAAUUUCCCAACUUAUCUUGCAGAAGCAAGAAUAGCCAUGGAGAGUCUUUUUGUAGCACCUUAUGUCUCCUCUGCUUCUUGGUUCCAGAAGUGGGAAGAGACUAGUGAAGGUUUUGAUUUUCAGGUGGAGGCUGGAUUGCAGGCUAGGAGGCUGAGCAAAGAGAUCUUAAUCGAAGCCAAAGAAAUGGUGAAAGAAGGAGAGAGUUCAUUUGAAGUUAGAGUUGAAGGCCACAAUGAAAAUGAUAUGGUUUUGGCAUGGAGAGGAACUCCAUUAGUGAGAGUUUCUACUUGGAUGUAGGAAACAGAGAACCCAUUCAACAAUGAGUAGACACCAUAGGAGUUGGGUUUUUUUUUAAUAUUUUUUCAUUGAAUAUAUUUUUACUAUAGGCCAUAAUUUAUUUAUUUUGCUGUAUAUAUUUAUUAUGCAGAU